AUGCCGUUUAGUACUACUGCUGGUCCUCCUCCUCCUCUUACUACUACUACUACUACUACUACUACUACUACUACUACUACUACUACUACUACUACUACUACUACUACUACUACUACUACUACUACUACUACUACUACUACUACUACUACUACUACUACUACUACUACUACUACUACUACUACUACUACUACUACUACUACUACUACUACUACUACUAUAUACUACUACUACUACUACUACUACUACUAUAUACUACUACUACUACUACUACUAUACUACUACUACUACUACUAUACUACUACUACUACUACUACUACUAUAUACUACUACUACUACUACUACUACUAUACUACUACUACUACUAUAUACUACUACUACUACUAUACUACUACUACUACUACUAUAUACUACUACUACUACUACUACUACUAUACUACUACUACUACUACUACUACUACUAUGGAUUAA